AAAUGAUCCUCUCCUUGUCCUUUUCAUCUUUUUCAGUUUUCUUGUAAGAAAUGGCGAAGAAAACCGAUAAAAAGAAGGGCCGUUCAGCCAUUAACCAAGUUGUUACUCGAGAAUAUACGAUUCAUCUUCACAAACGAAUUCAUGGAAUUGGUUUCAAGAAACGUGCUCCACGGGCUAUUAAAGAAAUUAGAAAAUUUGCAGAAAAAACAAUGGGAACCCCAGAUGUUCGUGUGGAUACUGGCCUAAACAAGCAAAUCUGGUCUCGUGGUAUCAGGAAUGUACCAUUCAGAGUACGAGUACGGUUGGCGCGCCGCAGAAACGAGGACGAAGAUUCACCACACAAAUUUUACACACUUGUUACCCACGUUCCAGUCGCAUCGUUUAAAGGCUUAGAAACCAAGAUCGUAGAAGCGGAUGACUAAGUUGAUGUGAAAUUGUGUAAUA